AUUGAGCACUCGUUGAACCUCUGUCGCGCUGAGUGCCGUGUUAUGUUCGGUGUUCUGUCGCUCUUUAGAUGCUUCCAGGAUACCAGCAUUUCAUAAUUAAAUUAAGUAACAUCAACUACCCCAGAAGUCCAGGUGGAAUUGAUAGCUGUAUUUCGGCAUUGAAUGUCCCGGUUGGACGAGGUUUUCUCGCUUUUGUGGAUUUGUAGUUGCGAGACUCAGGAACAUUGAUGUCAUGGCAGCAGCUGUAGUGGACUCCUCCAUCCAGAUGAACAUUGUGGACAGCUCUCUGGGAUCAACAAAUGAUCCCCCUCCUGAUCAACCUGAUGGGCCUCUGCUGCCAGCCAGUUCAUCUCCAGCAACUGACUGCAGUGGACAGAUGGCCAACUCAGCACUCACAGCCAGUGAUGCGCUGACAGGCGCGGACGACAGCGACAACGAGCCGACGUCGGGGCCGACACGCGCGCGCCACCCAGCCGUCGGCAGCGACGGGGACUCGGCCGGGCCCGGCCGGGCGGCGGACGACUCCGGGACAGACGUGGAGGCGGAUGCGGUGCCGGCCCGCAUGCGCGUCCGCCGUCUGGUCAUCGAGAGUGAUGAGGAGGAGAGAGGAGCCGCGGGCGGUGGCGAUCAGGAGGAGGUGGACGAUGCGGCAGCAGGCGCUCGGCAGGAAGGGACGGGGACCGCUGCCGUGACCUCGCAGGCGCGCCGACGGACCUGCCGCCUGGCGUCGGACAGCGAGGAGGAGGACGAGGAGGUCCAGCCCGGCGGCGGUGCAGGUGGCGCCACCGCGGCCGGCGACGAUAAGGUGAAGACGGACGGGGCUGAGGACGCAGCAGCGGCGGCCGAGCGACGGAGGGAAAGGAACCUGAAACAGCUCCUGGCGCUCGGUGACAGCCCGUCUGAGGAGGACGAGCGCCCGGAGCAGGCGCUCACGACGGAUUUGGAACAUGGAGAGGAAGCUGGAUCACGUCUACCAGCUGAAAAGAAAAAAUCACAUAAGAAGUUACAACAGACAAGUCCCAGGAAGAGUGGGAAGGAGGCGGCUGAGCAGAUGCGGCAGAUCCGCAGCGCCGCCCAGCGGCGCACGCGCGAAUCACGCCUGAACCUGCCCUACCACCGGCCGCGCCAGCGCACGCUGCACGAGUUCCUGUCCCGCCGACAGCGCGCCGCCCCGAUGUCCGACGACCUGCGCCUGUCGCGCGCCGACGUCCACACCGUGUCGCGCCGCCUUGAGGAGACCGAGAAAGAGAUCGAGGAGUUUUACCGCUCGGCCUCUGAGCCGGAGGACGGCGCCAAUUCGGACCCGGAGUGGGCCCCGAUCGACACCACCACCGCCGCUGCCGCUGCCGCCGCCACUGCCGCCGCCACCGCCACUGUCGCCGCCGGUGUCGCCUCCGCAUCCGCCUUGGCCACCCGCUCGCUGGAAGACGUCCCCGAGCGGGCUCCGGACCCGGAGGAGGACGACGCGGCGCUCAUGUCGCAGUCGUCGCAAAAGGUGCAGGAGUGGUUGGUGGGGGUGCAGCAGGGCGCCACCGACGCCGACGCGGCCGCUGACGACACCGCGAUGACGGACGCUGGAGAUGCCGCCUCGGCGAGAGCGCCGGAGCCGGCCACCGGACCGCGUUGCGACGUGGUGUCGCUGGACAGCGACGAUGAGGGGCCACCCGGACCGGCCGGGCUCGACGAGCUGGUGCAGCGAUUCAUCAGGCACUCCAGCGCCAAACCCAAGACGGCAGAGAAGAAGACGAUCAAUAUCAGGUGGCGACUGCUGCUGAGCACCGUGCGCCGGCGCCGCGAGGAGGCGCGUCAGCGCCGCGAGCGCCAGUACCGUCUCGACAACGAGGAGCGGGUGGACGACAGCUACCUCGACGACUUGCCCGAUGAAGAGGCGGAGCCCAGUGACGUCAGCAGCGGUAGCGGCGAAUCAGAGCCCGAGGAGGAGGCGCCACUGGUGGACAAGCCCCGUCCCCGCUGCUCACUAGUUGACGACGAGGCCGAUGACGAGGAGAACGGGUACGAGGAUGAGGACGAGGACCAUCUGGGGAAGGACGGGGACAGCUGCGCGGAUGCGGUCGAAGACGAGGACGACGACGAGGAGGACGAGCUGAAUCUGGUGCUGGAGGACGAUGACGGUGAGUGGUACUGA